GUGGUUCUCCAACUGCUACUGUAUAAAAAGAUUCUUACAUCGUCCUAUAAGUCAGUACGACUUGAAACUUACUACAACGCUUACCUAUUUCGUAUAGGAAUAUUAUCUCCGAAAAUGAAGAAAAUCACAGUAGUUAUUGGCGCUGCUUUGCUGUUAAUGCAAGUCGUCAAUGCAUUUCCACAUGCUAAACGUGAAGCUGUAGAAGUUGCGGUCAAUGGAGGAAACAGUAUAGAUUCCUCGUCUAAGGAAUCUGUGGAGGUUGCGGUCAAUGGAGAAAAUAGUAUAAAUUCCUCGUCUGAGGAAGAUCAAUUUUUGGUGUAUGUCAUAGGAACGGUAGGUAAACUAUCGACGUGGGCGCUUGAAACUGGAAGCGUUCUGCUUAAAAAUACUGUAAAAGAUCUGGAGAAAUUACCCAACAAAGAUGAAUUGCUACAAGCUAAUAUCACACGCAUGGCAAAAGUAGCCAAAGAAGCCGAGGAUUUUAAAUUGCAGGAAGAUGGCGCGAACAUUGUGGAACUAUUUGACACUAUGAAUAUUUUUUCGGAAGUGUUGUCUGACUACGAAGCCAUGCCCGAUUCAGACUUGAAACUCACAUUGAAAACGGCUCUUGAAAAUAAUGGAUACGAAAAGUUUCAGAACAAAUUUGAAGAGGAAAUGGUGGAUUUAGUUGAAGAGUUCGAUUUUGUAUUUGGUGAAUAUGUCAAAGGUUUGAGUCCAGACGAGAAGGUAAAGCAAGCCAACGUGCUUAACUGGUAUGAAGAAUUCACUAACGAAACUGACGAAGAUAAAAAACUUGACAAGUUCGGUGAAAUCUUUGACUUGGUUUAGUCAAUGAAAUGAAUAAGUGAUUUAUAUCUGCUUUAGAGAUACUUUUGCAGGUAAUAAUUAUAAGCAGUUAUUAUCUAUCCUACAACGUUUUUAAUAAAAAUAUCAAAAUUAAAAAUAAAUGUAAUUUUUUUGUUCUGCUUAAAAAUAUAAUAUAAAUGUACAUAGAAAUAAAAGUUUUUCAUAUGUAGUUAGCAUAUUA